CAAACAGUCGCCUGCCAUCCGCCAACGCGAUUAGACAUUUGAAGGGAAACACUUUUUCAUUGAACGCACAUUGAGAUCGCCAUUCGAGAUGCGCUCCCUUUGGCUGCUGCUCGGCUUGGGCCUGCUGGCUGUGAGCCACGUCCAGGCCUCUACGGAGUUUUCCGAAGAUCUGCUGGAUGAGGACCUCGACCUGUCCGACAUCGAUGAGAACGAAGAGGAGUUCCUGCGCCUGCUGGAGGAGAAGAACAAGAUCAAGGAUAUUGAGCGCGAGAAUGAGAUUGCCACCAAGCUGGCCGAAGUGCAGCACAAUCUACUCAAUCCCGUUGUCGAGGUGGAUCUGUGCGAAACGAUGAGCUGCGGAGCCGGUCGCAUCUGCCAGAUGCACGACGAGAAGCCCAAAUGCGUGUGCAUUCCGGAGUGCCCGGAGGAGGUGGACACUCGCCGCCUGGUCUGCACCAAUACCAACGAGACCUGGCCGUCGGACUGCUCUGUGUAUCAGCAGCGCUGCUGGUGCGACAGCGGCGAGCCCGGCUGCACCAAUCCGGACAACGCGCACAUGCACAUCGACUACUACGGCGCUUGCCACGAGCCCAGGAGCUGCGAGGGCGAGGACCUGAAGGACUUCCCCAGGCGCAUGCGCGACUGGCUGUUCAACGUGAUGCGCGACCUGGCCGAGCGCGACGAGCUGACCGAGCACUACAUGCAGAUGGAGCUGGAGGCGGAGACCAACAACUCGCGUCGCUGGUCGAACGCCGCCGUGUGGAAGUGGUGCGACCUGGACGGCGAUACCGAUCGCUCCGUCUCGCGCCACGAGCUCUUCCCCAUCCGUGCUCCGCUGGUCAGUCUCGAGCACUGCAUCGCACCCUUCCUCGAGUCCUGCGACUCCAACAAGGACCAUCGCAUCACCCUGGUGGAGUGGGGCGCCUGCCUGGAGCUGGAUCCCGAGGACCUCAAGGAGCGUUGCGACGACGUCCAGCGGGCUCAGCCCCAUCUUCUGGGUUAGGACACAGCCCAUUUUCCAUAUCCACUUCUGUAGUAUGCAAUAGGUAGUUACUACUUGCUUCCUUAAUCCGAAAAAUGUCUAAUUUAGCAGUUAAUUGUGUAAAUGCUCGCUAUUCAAUGAAAUAUAUAACAACUUCUUUG